AUGUCUUUGACUAUAAGUGUUCCCGAGUCUUCCAUACCAAAAACCCCAGAAUCAUCGAAUGAAUCUUCGGAGCCUCUUGCGCCUUAUGACUUCUCCAAUGUCAUUUUGAUCUUAGAGGAAUCGAAUUUCAAUCGAUGCCAAGCGGAUUGCAUGCAAUAUUUUGUCAGACCUCCUUUUGUUGGAAUAAGUGUAUUUAUUAAUGAGCCUACCUUUGAUGAAUCUCAAGAUAGAGGUGCUCAUAUGGUUUCGGUUGGAAUUUUGGUGACACCUACUAUGGAAACUGGUCUUUACUAUUCUAACCUUAAACAAUAUUUUGAUAAACGUGGAAUACUAUUAAAUCACACGGAUGACGUAUUAGUAGAUAUAGAUAAUGAAGAUCGAAGAUAUAACUUUGCAUCUUCGAGUGGUAAAUCGCAAUAUACACGAACCCGAUGUUUAUCAACUUCUGAAACGAGUACUAAUAGUUAUCAAUUAUCUAUUUCGCCCACUCAUCCUGCUCAUCAUUUCCCGGAAUUCGUUCAUUUGUGUGGUCCUAAUAUUUUUUUACUUUGGAAAGCAGCUUUGCUUAAAAAGAGAAUUUUAUUUUAUUCACCACCUCCAGUAUUGAAUGCCUGUUAUGCUGUUUAUGGAACAUGUCUUCUUGCCAAUAUUUCAACACAAAUUGCUCGAACUAUAGACAAUAAAGUUGAAAAGAUUAAACCUUUAUUUAAUGUUGGAAUAAGCGAUAUCCCACUAAUUGAGUCUAUGGAAGGAGGGUAUGUUGCAUGUACAACGGAUCAAAUACUUCAGAGUAAAAAUAAUUUAUAUGAUUUAUUAGUUAAUAUGCCUCAUGAUGAUAUAAAUAAUAAUACGCAUCCAACUUUAAUUGCUUCACCUGGAUCAAAGUUGUCCACGAAAAUAAGUGUGACUGAUAUUAGACGAUAUCGAGUUUUAUUAAAGAUUUUAGCAUCCCAUGGUUUAAAUCAUUAUUCUGAAGAGGAUGGUGAAAACAUGACAGAUACUUGGCGUAAACUAAUGUUUGGUGAUGAUGAAUCAAGUCUUUUAAAUGUUGAAGGAUCAAGAGAAACACUUGAAAUUGAAUUGGAACUGAUAAGAACGGUUACAUCUAGCGUACAUGAUCAUGAUCCAGGAGAAACAAUUUUUCUUUACCCUGAUCAUUUAAUUCAACUUGGUUUAGAUCCGCAUGAAGAUGGUACAUUUGUUGAAGAGUUAGCAGAAAUGUACUUUGGUAAGGAAGUCGAAGCAAUAGUAAAACGUUAA